UGUUCUAUAAGUUAUAUUGCGUGCGCUUUUGGAAUUUGGAUUCGGAGGUGUCGAAGGUGAAACGUGAAACGCUCGCGAGAGAAAGAGAGAGAAACUGAUAUUGACGAGGUUAACCGAGUCUUUGCCAGGAUUAUAUGCAUUUGCAUAGCGCUAUUUACAUAGCAAGAUGAAAACGAAUCGUCAGGAUGAGGUGACGAUUACUUCGGUGCAGGUUAACGUAGUGACAACACGACGCUUUUAGAGGGACGCUUUUGACAGACGAUCGUUGCAACUCUCGGUCGGGCACUGGGCAGGCAUGUUCAAGUACUUCUGGGCUCUGGUGUGCUGGUAUUUCAGGCCCUUGAUAAAAUGGUUCUUGCGCCACACCACGCAGAUGUGCGAGCUGCAGAGGAUCUGCUACGGACAGCCGUCCGGAGCACCGCGCUCCUUCGCCGUCGAGGAGGCCCUUGGGCAGUCGCGUAACACGAAUAUCAGAACCCUCGUCGCGUACCUGAAUAACGUCGCCGAUCAUCGCGGCAUCACGACGAAAACGGAGCGCAAGAUUCUGGAGGACGCCAUCAGGACGGUGCUGGUGACCAAAAAGAUUAAUCCUACGGCACAUCCGGACUUCGCCAAGUCGUUUGGUAAAUGCGUCGAGUUGAUCUGGGGCUACCGCCAGCUCUGCGUAGAGUGCGAGGAGCUCAGGAAGACAUCGUAUAGCGCAGAUAAUCCGGACCAUGAGCAGAAGCUGCUGAAGCUGUGGAACCUACUGAUGCCAUACGAGCCUCUGGAUGCGAGGGUGACCAAGCAGUGGCAGGAAAUUGGUUUCCAAGGGGACGAUCCUAAGACAGACUUUCGCGGGAUGGGAAUCCUGGGACUGGAGAAUCUCAUUUAUUUUGCUCAAGAGUAUCCUAGCAUGGCCACGCAUGUAUUGUCACACUCACAUCACCCACGUUAUGGUUAUGCAUUUGCUAUAGUUGGUAUAAAUCUCACAAGCAUGGCUCUGAAACUGUUGAGGGAUGGCAGUGCUAAAACUCAUAUAUAUAAUUCCUCUAAGACUCUGCCGACGGUUCGUGCCUUUCAUCAGUUUUACUGUUAUCUGUUUUAUGAAUUUGAUGGGUUUUGGAUUGAGUCCAAGCCUAGUAAUAUGAUGGAGUUCUCGUCGAUACAGGAAAAGUUUGAGAACAGUAUCAGAAUGGCAUUAGCUAAUCCAUCUACUGUUUUUAGGAUAAAUGUAGCAGUUGACAAUAUUUAAUGCAAAUUGCCUUUUAUUUGUAAGAAACAAGACCAAAAUGGCUAUAUAGGGAAAAAGUACAAUUUUUAGAGUAGCAUACGUGGCAUUUUUUUUUUUUUUGUUAUAUAUUUUCACAAUGUUGGCAUUGUUGUGAUAUUAAAAUGGCAUUUAAGUAAAUAAUUUUUUUUAAAUAAUAUAAUUAAUAUCUUGAUGUGUAUUUUAAUAUAAAUUUAAUUGUAAUUUUAAUAGAUAGCUAUAUGUUUAGCUGUUUCCUUCAAUUUAUGCAAGUUUAUAUGUGUAAGGUACAAAAGCUUGUGAUGCAUUAAGUUGCAUAACAAAAUUAGAGCUACUGUGCUUAAUACAUAGUUUAUAUUGAUUUAAAUAAUUUUAUUAGUUGAAAUUUUCGAAUAUUGUCAACAGCAAUUUUGCAUUACAUUAAUAAAGUUUAAGCUUAAAAAUAGAUUUGCCAUUGAAUAGCUUGAUAAACAAUUUUAUAAGCAUUAUCACAAUAAUGUGCCUCAUGCCUUAUUCAUUAAUAAUUCAAAGCAUUUUCAGUAUUAUAAAGCCUGAAGAACAGAUUUUGUGCUAAAUAAAUUAUUGUAUCAGGAAGAACAGUAUUGAUUUUAUAAAAUUAACUCAUAAUAUUUGAAUCUAUUAUAUGUAUACGCGCGAAUUGUAUGUAGGUAAUGUUCUGAAGAUUAUUUUCAGACAAUUAUGAAAGUAUAAAUUGUUAAAUGUGUUUGACAUUGAAGAACAGUGAUUCUUCAAUAAAAUUUAAAUUGUUAUUGCACA